AGUUAAGUUACUGGUGUUGAAGCUGGAGAGGAGCGCGCUUUGCCCCGUUCUCUUUGAACUCACUAGACCACUACUCCUGUAGUCCUAGUACUAAGUGUUACUAGCAACUUGGCCACAAUACCCUCCCUUGUCUUGUUUACCUUGGUUCUUUUUCCCCCACCAGUCUACAUGCCCUACGCUGUCAUGUCCUGUUCAUUUAAUCCAAAUCUAUGCUGCUGCUGCUGCUGCUACAUUCACUUCUCAAAUCUCAAGUAUAACAGCUUUCUCAUCCACCAACUUCUUUACACUCGUUCACUGUUUCUUUUGUCCUCUUCUUUUCACUCUCCCACCAGGCAGUCGCCACCUAACUAAAAAAACAUCUUGCCAAAACAAAAUAAAAUAACUAAAAAAUGAAAUCUUUUUUCCUUCUUUAGUUCAUAAGAUGUCAGUAGGAAAGCCCAGAAAUCGUUACAGUUCGACGAUCUUUUUUCCCUCUUUUAGCAUCAAGUUAUGAUUUAUUCUUUAUUUUUUGUCUUGGUGAGAGAUUAAUUAAAAUUUGACGUUAAAACUGUAUUUUGGGGCAAAUUUAGAUUCUUUCUACGGAAGUAAUUUAACGAGUUACUCAAAUUGAGAGGAUUUUCAAUCGCGCGGAAGGAGGGGUGGCAUUUAUACUCCCUGUGAGGCCUAAAUUGAUAAGGGUCAAAAUUCUCUCUUAACGGCUGGGUACUGCCGGGCUUCCUUGUGGUUUGUUGGCUUGUCUGCAAAUUCACAAGCUGAUGGUUAUGUCCUCAUGGGUUUGAAGGCUGCUAGAGAGAGUGAGUGGAGUGCUGGGUGGUGAACAUUUGAACUCCAAGAAAAGCGACAGGACCAUGCUCCUCCUCUACUGCAGCUCCCUUGUUUCAUCAUCAUCAAUUUUGAUUUCCUUGAUUGCCCAUUCCUCUCAUCUCAAGCACAUCCACCAGACACAUGCCUUCAUGCUUCUCAGAGCUCUCGAUACAGACAACCUGCUCCUCAGUCGAUUCAUUCACGCAUGCUCUUCUCUUGGCUUCUAUUCCUAUGCUUACUCUCUCUUCACCUCCAUCACCCAUGCCCCCGACAUCUAUCUCUACAACAACAUCAUCAAAGCUCUCUCUUCCUCUCCCACCCACCCCAAAGCUUCAAUCUUUCUUUACAAUAACAUCCAACUUGCUGGCUUGCGACCUGAUUCCUACUCUUUCCCUUUCGCUCUCAAGGCCGUCACUCGAUUUUCAUCGAUCCAGACUGGGAGGCAACUUCACUCUCAAUCCAUUCGCUUUGGCCUCCACUCUGACCUUCACGUCCUUACGGCCUUUGUCCAGAUGUACUCCUCCUUCGGCUCUGGUUGCAUUUGUGAUGCGCGCAAGAUGUUUGAUGGAAUGAGCAUGUCGACAGGAGAUGUCGCUCUUUGGAACGCAAUGCUUAAUGGGUAUGCUAAGCAUGGUGACCUCUGUAAUGCUCGAGAUUUAUUUGAACGUAUGCCUCAAAGAAACGUUAUCUCCUGGACAGCUCUCAUUACUGGGUAUGCACAGGCGAAUCGGCCCCACGAUGCCAUUGCUUUGUUUCGUAGAAUGCAGCUCGAAAAUGUGGAGCCUGAUGAAAUUGCCAUGUUAGUUGCGCUUACUGCUUGUGCCCGACUGGGUGCGUUGGAGCUGGGGGAGUGGAUUCGUCACUACAUUGACAGACUUGGAUUAUUGACUACAAAUAUCCCUCUCAACAAUGCACUUAUAGACAUGUAUGCGAAGUCUGGCGACAUUAAAAGUGCAUUACAAGUAUUCGAGAAUAUGAAUCAUAAAACUAUCAUAACAUGGACAACAAUGAUUGCUGGACUAGCUUUGCACGGACUUGGAACAGAAGCCCUUGAAAUGUUCUCUCGAAUGGAAAGGGCAAGAGUUAAGCCAAAUGACAUCACUUUCAUUGCCAUCCUUUCCGCUUGUAGCCAUGUGGGAUUGGUACAAACCGGUAGAUGGUAUUUUAACCGUAUGAUAUCUAGGUAUGGGAUUGAACCCAAGAUUGAGCAUUAUGGCUGCAUGAUUGAUUUACUUGGGCGCGCUGGUCACCUCAAAGAGGCACAAACACUACUUGCUCAGAUGCCAUUCGAGCCUAACGCGGUUAUAUGGGGGUCUCUUCUUGCUGCUUGUAAUACUCAUGGUGACCCUGAGCUUGGAGAGCUUGCAUUGCAGCAUCUAUUAGAGUUGGAGCCUGAUAACAGCGGAAACUAUGCACUUUUAUCGAAUAUUUAUGCUUCUCGUGGUAGAUGGAAUGAGUCUCGGGUGGUGAGAAAGGUGAUGUGGGAUGCAGGAGUUAAAAAAAUGCCAGGAGGAAGUCUUAUUGAAGUGAAUAACAGAGUUCAUGAGUUUAUUGCAGGAGAGAUUUCGCAUUCUCAGUUUGAUAGGAUACAGGAAGUUCUAAGCAAGAUAAAUCGGCAAUUAGGACUUUCUCAGCAUUUCGAGAAGGAAAGUGGUGCGCUGCUUGAAUUGGGAUAGGACGCACUUCUACUUCCAAAGAUGCAUGAUCUAUUACCAAAUCAACUUCUGGUUGCAUUGGAUAACUAAAUGCUGUGACCAUCUGAAAACCUGCCCCGCCUCACAUGUUCGACAGCUGAGCAAUAAACUCACGUAGAGACGGGAGUGGCUUUGACAUCUCCUUUCUCAUCAAGGAGGGAUAAUAAAGAUGAAAUGAGCAUAUUGUAUACAGACAGAAAGGCAAAUGUAUAGAUAUACAUAUCCGCUGGAGCUGCUUCAAAGCAUUAAACCGUAGAAGAAAUCGUGGUCGAGUCCCAGGUCAUAAAGCCCCAAUCCUAGAAGAGCACUGGAGCAUAAAAUCUCAAUUUUCUGUUUAACAACAUGGCAUAUUCCUGGCCAAGAUAUGAGCAAAUUGUAAGAUGGUGGACUUUGACCUUACUAAAUAGGAAUAAAUGUAAGAUAAUUUAUUUUUCAUUUUAUGGAAGUUAGCAAAGAGGGCUUGUUGCAGAGAAAGUAAAGAAAAGGAAAACAAAACAAAAAGGUGAUGGGAGGUUGGCCAUUGUUCCAUUAUAACAAUGAACAUGGUCAAGGCAUGAGAGAAAUAUUUGGUUUAGACAUCAAAGUUCUUACCUGUGUUCUGUAAUUUUCCUUCUGGUUUACCAAAUGUCACAACUAAGUUCUCAUGAUUUUCACUGUUCAUAAAUAAUGCUGAGUUCAACUGAAGUAGGCCAUGUCUUGUCUCUUUUGCCAACGACUGAAAGGAGUAAAAGCCUUGCCUUUCACUGUCUUCCAUAUUUGAUUCAGUGGGUGCUUGCUGACAGCAUGAUUCCAGUUCUAACACGGCAAAGGAGACACCAGAAUCCCUUUUUGAACAAACGGAAGUAGUAUAUAAUUCAGAUGGACAACAUUCACUGCGCCCACUGAUCUUUAGCAGGAGUAUUUUGCCUUCUGGUGCCUUUGUAGUUGACAUAUCAUUGACCCUGUUGCCAUCCUCACAUUCUUCAAGACUAGGAAAACACCCAUCUUGUGGAGAAAAAGUGUCGUAUUCAUUAUCCCCUGCUAAUAUAUCGCCCACAGAAAGCUGUAGUUUUUGUACCAUUGUUUCCCCCCCGGUUGUCUGUAAUGGAGAAGUGACAUCUGAUCUUGAGUCCUCAUUAAAUAAAUCUUUUAACAUUUUCAGUGGGUUUUCCAUGACCGCUUCUGAUAUGGGCUUUCCAACUGCCCCUGUGGUUGCGAGAUCAUUUAUUUCAUCAUGGUUGACAACUUGCUUUGCAUAUGCAUAGUCAUGCACAUUCUCGUCAAAAAAAUUGUCUGCUUUGCUCUCUACUGUACUCUUAUGUUUCUUCUCAGGAAUAGGAACAGCUAAAACCCGUUUUUUCCUUUGAGUGCAACCACUUAGAGUGGAUUCACUCUUCUGUAGAUGUAGCCAGCUAUCAAUCUUAGAAAAUUUGACACGGUUGAUUUUGUUCAUCUGUCUACUGCUAUUUUUCUGAAUGUGACUGAUGCCUGGCUUUUGACUAAUCAAAUUCCUUGGUGCUCUUUCUUGUUCUUGGAGACCAUUAAAUUUAAAACCAGUUUCAGUUGUGUCUUGGCUGUAUUCUGUUGCAUCAUCAGUACUAUCUUUCAUGUUCAACCCUGCCAAACAGCUAGAUCUGGAAAAACUGUGGUCUGAAUUGUUUUCUGAAUGAUGCUUUACAGGGAAACUCACAGACUCUGCUCGAUGAAAUGUUGGUCUUCUCCUUCUUGCAAGGACUGUGCCAUCUCUUCCUUCAGAAGUUUGAUACCUCGUCCCAGAUUUUCUUCGGCUGCAAAUGGUUUGCCAUUGCAACUUCCUUCUUCUCUUUUGCUUCCUGAUGAUUAACGUCCACCUCAUUUGUCAGAUGAUCUAUUAUUUUGUUUUACUUGCUACUUCAAUUGUUCACAAGAAUAUGCCAAUUUUUUACUUGAUAUGUUUUGCUACAGAUAAGAAAAAAUGUAAUUAUGUUUAUAGGACUUGAAACAUGGUUGUGAAAGAGUUUCCAAAAUUAUUCAAAGUGAUGCAGUUAAAUUUUUUUA